AUGGCAGGAAAUUAUUACCGACUGCAUUCGAACGACUUUGGUCAUGCGAGGUCCCCCGAGCGCAUCAAGGAAACUGAAGAACGUCCUAAAAACGUGGACAACCGGAGUUUCAGCCCUGGGCACUAUAGCUAUUCUUUGAAGAAUUUAGAAGAAGCAGAUAUACAUUGGUUAGUGUACUCAAUGAGCAAGCUUUUUUGUUGCAAGCUUUUUUCGUCAUCUACAGUAAAAAUUUCAAAGAAAGGUAUAAGCUACUGGCGGCAACUUGCAUCAUAUCUCGAAAGUCACAGGAAGUCUACCGAGCAUUUGAAUUCACAUAAGAAGUGGAUGGUGUUGUCCGAGGGUCUGAAAAAGUCACGAACUGUUGAUGCCCAUCAUCAAUGGCUUCUGAAUACUGAAAGCGAACAUUGGAAAAAUGUUCUUGAGCGCUUAAUAGCAAUAAUUCCUUUCCUGGGUCAGCACUGUCUGCCUUUGAGAGGAAGUACAGAUACACUCUUUCAGCCUGACAACAGAAACUUCUUGAAACUUGUUGAAUUAUUCAGAAAGUUCGACGCUGUGAUGAUGGAGCACCUGCACAGAACAAAGCAAGGUGAGAACAAGGGUCAUCAUUAUCUUGGAAAAGAAACAAAGAAUGAAAUAAUUCAUCUUAUUGGAUCAUCUAUAACCAACAACAUUCUAUUAAUGAUGAAAUCUGCUAAGUAA